GUUUUGUUUUUUUCUUUCUCAUUAUGUAGCCUUAUUAGCCUGGAGUUCACUAUGAAGACAGCUACGCUGAACCCACAGAGAUCCUCCUGCCUCUGCCUUCUGAGUGCUAGGAUUAAAGGUGUGCCUUGCCAGGCUCGGUUUGUGCAUGCUGGGGAUCAAGCCCAGGGAUCCGUGCACUCUAGACAAGCUCUCUGCCAUCUACGUCCACAGCACGCAUGCCUCUCUUGAAACUGCGUGCCCACAUAUCAAUGCGCUAUGCCAUGCAUAUGGAGGUCACAGGACAGCGUUCCAAGUCUGUUCUUACCCUCCCACCAGGGUGUCUCUUCUUUGCCUCCAAACAUGCAGGCUGGUCAGAGAGCUUACAGGCCAUUCUGUCUCCACCUACCACCCCUCCCCCAGUCUUUCUUACCAUAAGGGUGCUAGGGUUUCAGAGGUGUGUCACAUCUGGCUUUUAUAUGGCUUCUCCUGAUGGGGCCCAGAGUCCUCGUGUUUCACAGUCAAAGAGAUUUACCUGCCAAGCCAUCUCCCAGGCCCCACCAUAUUUUUGAGACAAGGUUUCUCUGUAGCGCAAGCUCUUCUCAACCUUAAAUUUCUGCCUCAGCCGCUCUAGUGCUAGGAUUAUUGACUCGCUGCAGUCCAACAAGUCCUUUUUGUUUUUGUUUUUUUUUUUGUUUGUUUGUUUGUUUUUUGAGACAGGGUUUCUCUGUAGCUUUGGAGGCUGUCCUAGAAUUUACUCUGUAGACCAGGCUGGCCCCAGACUCACAGAGAUCCACCUGCCUCUGCCUCCCAAGGGCCAGGAUUAAAGGCUUGCAUCACCACUGCCUGGCUGAAUAUCUAUGUAUUGAUAUCUUGUGAUUUUAGUGUAUGUGUUUAGUGAGCAGAUCCCAGGCAAAGAGAAGAAGCCACACUAGGACGGGAGCUGGUGCUAGAAGUGCCUGUGGUGGACAGGGGUGUGCAUGGCAGGCCUCAGUGGUAGUGUUACGGUGAGCAUUUGUAUUAGGUUCUCUAGAGGAACAGAAGCAACUGAAUGUACACAUGUGUUAUAAGAGGGGAUUGGUUAGCCUGGCUACACAGUGGAGCUGGAUGGCCCGAAGUGGUCAUGCGCAUGCUGGAGAAGCUGAGAAUCUGGUGGCUGCUCCAAGGAAGGAAGCGCAGCAGUCCUGAUAGCCCGGAGGCUCCCUGUACAGUGGCUGGUAUCAGAUCCGUGUUGAAGGGCCAACAAAGCCGGAGGAUGAUAUCAGCAGCGACCACGGAAGCAGGUGGCAGCAGCAGUGACAACUGAAGCACUCGGAACAGUUUUUUUCUGGUACUGUUUUUCUCACAAUGUUUUCCGUCUAGGUUGCAGUUUGGAAGGUGCUGCCCUCCUUCCAUGUCACUCCUCUCCGAAAACAUCCCCAGUGACAAACAGGCACACACAUCUCACCAGUCUGGAUGUCCCCUUAUUCAGUCAAGGUGACAACCAAUUCCAAUCAUCACAGGUCCACUACUUACUAACUUGACCAACAUCUUUACAUUAUGCUUACUUUCCAGAAAAAGCCAAUAACAAUUGCAUGACAUUUUCCGGGAAGUCUUUUCAGACAGGUCUCAGAUGGAGCAGCAAAACCGUUCCACUCGAGUCCAGCUUGGUGAAGCGGGCGUCAGACACAAAGUAGGCACCUCACAGAGACUUGAAGUGUUGAAGAAAGCAGGCCUAACAGGGCACACCUGUAAAUCCACCCUCCCCCACCAACCGAGAGGAGCCCUUAGUCCGAAGCAAGCCUAGGCUUCAAAAGACUUUCUCUUAAGAAAACAAAAAAGCUUGAAAGAUGGAAUGCGUUGCCCUCGCCACUUGUCCCGCCCAUCCGCAGCCUUUUACAGCUCCACAAUCAUCCGGAAAUUACGUAGCUGGGCUACACUGACCAAUCGGAACCUGUAGUUCCGGUAAUUUCCAUUCAGUAAAAUUCAAGUUGGCAGACUUGACAUUUUCAGUCAACAAAUCAGCAAUGAGGGGCCUUUAGCCCCACCCCCAAAUUGAAACCGCCGCUUCCGGAUGCGAACUAACGUUUGUCUGACGUCCUGCCCCGCCAAUUGGCCAAUCAGGACAGCUGGCGGAGGCCCCGCUCCAGUUUUACCCAAUUAGGACAGCCAUCCGAGGCUCCACCCAGAGGAGGCGGAGCCCCGGGCUGCUGGGGACCUCGGCUUCCCCGCGGAGGGCGUCCGAGUCCUUUUAUCCUAAGCGGCUCUGAUCUUGGGAUCAGAGAGAUGUGCCUGCACCCGGCCAGACCAGCUUGCAGGUGACUCCAGUCCAGAUUUCUGUCCCUAGCCAUUGUUUAAAGCAACCUUAAAAUCUUGCAACUUUCUGAGGAGACUCUCACCUCCCAACAAGAGGGAGAUGCUUGGAUGUCAGGGGUAGUAGCUGCUAUGCAACAACCAGGAACAUACAGGUAGAACGUAGCCUGAGCAUCUCCUGUGAGUAGCUUCCAGCCCAGAGCUAGUGACAAGCUGUGAAAAGCUGAGACCCGUGCCCCAGAUGGCAGAGACUAAAGAUCCCAUUCAGCUUCGGCUGCUCAGCCUGGGGCUGCUGAAGCAGCUGUGGGCUGGGCACGAUGCCAUGUGUCGGUCAGUGGCCAGAGCAGCGUCAGAGUCAAACCUGGACUAUAGCAGCAGCGGCAACUUAGAGAUGCCACGGUCCCAAGAGAGUUCCUCCAGCUCCUCGGUGGCCCCGAGCUCACAGGACAAAAGACAGGAGUGGGACCCACUAGACAGUCACCGAGGAGCCACAUCUGAUAGGUCCUUCUGUGGCAAGGACAGCUACCGGGUGGACUCUUUACCAUAUGCCAUGUGCCAACACCGGGAGCCCCAGGAUGAACGGCAGCCCCCCACAGUACCCUUGCUAGCCACUGAAGGUCUGAAGAGGCCACCAAAAGGUCUGGGACCUCACGAGACACAGCUUCCAAAGUCCGUGCUGUCACGACCAAGCAGGCCAUCUAAGCCCAAAGUGACCUUCUCCCAAGAGUCUGCGAUGCCUGAGAGCAGGUGGCGCUUCCGGCCAUACCUGGGCUAUGAUUGGAUUGCAGGGUCCCUGGACACUGGUUCUCCCAUCACCAGCGAACCCGAGGCCUUCUUCUCCAUGCUGCAGAAGUUCCGAGAAGCCAACAGAGAGGAUUGUGUCUGCGACUCCCCUGAAGCUGUGUUCCCAGGCCUGCAGGAGAGCAGUGGUGUGGAAGAGAGCCACCAGUGUGUGUACUGUUACCGUGUCAACCGGCGCCUGUUUCCUGUGCCAGUGGACCCAGGUACCCCUUGCCGCCUAUGUGGGAUACCCCGGGACCAACAGGGACCUGAGACUCUGGCGGAGCCUGCGCAGGUUAGGGUGAGCAUCCCCUUGUCCAUCCUGGAGCCGCCACACCGCUAUCGAAUUCAUAGACGGAAAAGCUUUGAUGCCUCUGACACCCUGGCUCUGCCUCGGCACUGUCUGCUGGGCUGGGAUAUCUUCCCUCCAAAGCCUGAGAAAAGUUGUGUCCCCAAGAGUCUAGACCUCUGGUCCUCUGUCUCCUGUGGAGCGCAGCGCCGACAUCUGUCAGCCACCAGCCCAUCCCGCCUGGCCUUGCCAGCACAGGUCCCACCACCAAUCUGGUCAGAGCCUCAGGUUUCCCAGCUCCGUCCCGCCCACUAGAAGCCCCGCGGACUGACCACUCAGAAGGGAACAGUGUUCUUUCUACCUGUGUCGUCAACCUCCCCUGAGAGAUGGAUGGACGCCCCUACAAUGAGGCUGAAACCUGUCAAGACAGAAGUGGCUGUGCUGUUGAGAUGAGAGGGUCCAGGCCUGGCGCUGGCCCAUCCAGGGGGCGGAGACUCUGUCAGUAGUAUGCAAAUAAAACUCAGGGCCCUAUACUUCCCAUCCCCACAUAGCUUGCUUUUCCUGCUGGUCCCCUUGAUGUCCAGGUGUCCUGGUCACAACUGGCUUCAUUUUGCCUAAGGGAGACACUGGCUACCUGGAGGCGAGCACCCAGUGAGCACCCAUUACUUGGAGUGUGGCUUCUUUUUUGUAUACUUUUUGCCAUAGAGUCUCACAUGGAACUCUAUGUGAGGCUGGCCUGGAACUCACAAUCCAAGGAUGACCUUCAACUGCUCCAAUCCUCCUGCCUCCACCUCCUGAGUAUUAGGAUUACAGUCAUAUCCACUGUGCCCUACUUGAGCUUCUAGCUUUUUCUGUAGCUCUCAGAUCUAGAUAGAGGCCGUCUACCAGACAAAUGGGGUGGUUCCCCAAGGCAGGCUAAAACCAAGGUCAGUGUUACAGUACCUCAGGCCUGGGGAGAUGGCUCAGUGGGUAAGAAUCUUGUUAUAUAAGUUUGAGGACCUGAGUUCAAAUCCCCAGGACCCAUGUAAAAGCCAGACAUGUACUGAGUGUCUGUAAUCCUAUGGCGGGGGGAUGAGAGGUGAAGACAGAGGAAUUCCUAGCCUGGCUUACACAUUGAAAAAACAACAAAGAAACUCUCUACCUCACGAUGGAAGGUAUAGAUCAACACCCAGUGUGGUCUUCUGACUUUUUUAUGCACACCAUGGCAUGUGUGCACCUGCAUUCACACACACAUACACAGACUCACUAAAAAUGUGUCUCAUAUCGAAUAAGUGAGCUCUGUCCUUGAUCUCAACAGAAGGGUUCUCUUGAGGUCCCUGGCAUCUCCAUGCCCUUUUCUGGGCCCGGUUCUAGAAACGGGGUGGCUCAGAACCCUAGGAAGGAUAAAUUGAGAAGCUGAUGUUUAUCAAGCAGCAGAUCAGAACAGAGCUGGGAGGUGUUAGGGAGUAGGAUCCUGUUUCUCCCAUCCCUUGUGUGCUUUGGGUUGCAUACUAUUCCAUUUCAGCCUUGUGGGCUGGAGAGCUAGCUCAGAGGUCAAUAGGUCCUGAGUUCAAUUCCCAACAACCACGUGGUGGCUCACAACCAUCUAUAAUAAGAUCUGGUGCCCUCUUCUGGCACUCAGGCAUAUGUGCAGGCAGAACACUGUAUACAGAAUAAAUCUUUAAAAUAAAAAUUUUCAGCUUUG